AUGUCAAAUUCGUCUCAUUAUGGUUUUCUUGCUUCAUCAAUGAGCCUGCCAUUAGAGGAGGGUUACUUGUCACUUGAAAAUAUAUGCAUUUCCAGGCCAAAUGAGAAGAUAUUGAUCAAAUUAGUCAAAUUGACACCGGAAGAAGAGACACAUUGCUCAAGAAAUGAAGAUGUUCUUGAUGACGCCACAUUGGUUCAAAGCAAUCAUCAUGAAUUACAUUACUGUGACUUUCAUAUAGUGUACAGUAGUACAUUUAGGGUUCCAGUGCUAUAUUUUCGUGCUUACUGCAGCGAUGGAAGACCUUUGCCAUUGGACGAAAUAGAAAAGGAGCUCCCUGCAUGCGCUUCAAAGGAGUUGCAAAAAAAAAAAUGGACAUUCAUAACUCAAGAGGAACAUCCAUACUUGAAAAGACCAUGGUACAAAUUACAUCCAUGUGGGACUGCUGAGUGGAUGAAGUUGCUUUUUCUCAGUGACACUGCUAACCCUAAAUUUGAAGUGGUGCUGGAACUAUAUCUUCUAUCAUGGUUCUCAGUUGUUGGCCAAGUGUUUGGUCUUAGAAUCUCUUUUAAAAUCUCAAACUAGGGCUGAUAGUCAAAUUUUACCGUAGGUUCUACCACCAUUGAAUCCCAUAUUACAAGUGUUUGUUCUAUUUUUCUUCAUCUUUUAAAUAUAAAAGGAUUGCUACAUCUUCCAGCUA